AUGGGAAAGUCCAAGUUUCCCGGCAAACCGUCGCGUUUGGUGAACAAGAAGCGCGUCUCGGUCCUGUCGCCCGCCGGACUCACGUUGAGCGAUGAGGACAAUCAGGAAAGCAACGGCCAGCUCACGGCGACGGCCGCUGCUGCUGCUGGAGGACCAUCGUCAUCCUCGCCGCCAUCGGUUGUUGGCCCAGCACCGCGAGCGGCUGAGAAAGGUUCCUUCGCCGCUUCCCAUCGCAAAGAGGCCCAAAACCAUGGCAACAACACCCUGGCCGUGACAGCGAAAACAUCCAAAACAGCGCCGGCUGCAGCAUCCACGUCAUCAUUAGAGAACGGUGCCGAUCAUCAACUAGCGGCCACAAAGAACGGCGCCGCCGCCAACGGGGACGACGACAACGAGUCGAUCGAGGAAGAGACCACCGGGCACGACGAGGACGACGAUGAUGAGGAGGAGGAGGACGAGGAGGACGAUGAGGAAGAUGAUGACGAUUCGGCCGAAGAUGAUGAUGACGAUGAUGAAGACAUUAUCGGAGGCCGCCAGGAGGAGGCCAGCCCCACCGAUGCCGGUGACGAAUGUUCCAGGACACGAACCGCGACGUCGGCGAACGGAGGCGGCACCACGACGACGGCGACACCGUCGGCAUCAUCGGCCGGAGGUGGCCAGAGUGAAGUGAGGGCUGCUGGCGCCAACAGUGAAGCGAACGAACAGCAGCCACCAGCACCACCACCGGGGGGUAAGCUGUCGGCGACCGGAAGUGGCUUCGAAAUGAAACCAUCCAGCCUGUCGUCGGCACUGGCGCGGCGCGGAACGACCCCGCUACCGUUGUCCGCUGCGACCGUCCGAGAAACCCGCCAGUCACCGAGCCGGGCCGGCGGAAGUGCUACCGAGGACGGCACCACCCGAGCGACAACCCGUGCGCAGAAGACGCACGAAGUACCGGCAAAGGCACCGGAACCAGGGGCUGCUGCUGAUGGUUCCGGUUCGGCGGCGACGACGGGGGAACUCCGGACGUCGCCACCACCGAAACCGGCGGCGAAGAAGAAGAGUGUCACCUUCCACACGACGCUCGUGACGACGGACGAGAACAUCGUGAAGAAGGUGUACAACCCGGACACGGUUCCGCUGGCACCGAUCAUCACGCGCGAGUGCCUGGCGCGGCCGAUCCCGAUCAAGAACGACCUGGACGACAAGGUGAAGCGUAAGAUGGAGAAGCGGAUCCAGCGGGCCGCGUUGCAAGCGGCGAUCGCGGCCGCGGCUGCCAAUGCGGCCGCUCUCAACAAGCCGGCCGAGUGUAUCGUGCGACCGUCACGGCUAACGGGCGUCGUCCUCAAGUCUUCCGCCAGUGCCGCCAGUGGAGAUGGCAUCGGAGCGGCCGUUACAACCAGCACCGGUUCCGUGUCCUGCGCCGACACUGGGAUCGUUUCGUUCGGUUGCAAGGACACCACGCAACCGGCGCCAGGUGGUGCUCCCACCGAUGGGAUCGUCGAGUGCGUGGCCGGCUGUGCGCCGCAGUUUGGCGACAAGCGGUUCAUCCAGCAGAAGCGGAGCGCCCACUCGAACCGUUUGAUCAAACCCAACAAACGGUUCCUGGACGACUGUGACCUGCGGAGGUACGAGAUUAAGAAGAAGAACAAAAAUCUGGCCGCGGCCAGUGCUGCUGCCGGUGGGGUGCUGGCCGCCUCCGCUGCGGCCACGGCUCCACCGAGCGGCACCACGACAACGGCGACACCGUCGGCAUCAUCGGCCGGAGGUGGCCAGAGUGAAGUGAGGGCUGCCGGCGCCAACAGCACGACGGCCACAUCCGGAGCGGGAACUACCAAUGGGGGACCGGUGGCGGUCCCAUCGCAACAACCGGAAAGCACCAGAGAGGGAGCCGACGAUGAGUGUCCACUGGCUGGUGAAGAUUCCCGGAGAAAGAAGGAUAAAAAGCGGUCCGACGAUGCACCGGAACGGUCUACAGCACAACUGAACGACGGUCCGUCCCUGUCCAGCUCCACCGCAACACCGAUCAGUAUUAAUCCCUUCGCCAAGGCAUCACUUUCGGACGGGCUUUCGGUCGUCGGCAAGACCGCGACGAUCGGCAAGCUCGUCGUGAAACCAUCACAACUAUCGCCCGCCUCGACGACUACCGGCGGCGUCACCAACGGCAUCGGAGUGCUAAACGGCGGCAACACAACGAAUCUCGCAUCGUCGUCCGUCACGACGAUCUUUGGCAAAAGUAUUCUCCGUCAGCCGCGGCUUCAGUUCGCCACUUCGCUGCUAAACGGCGCCACCGGCUCCCUGGCGAUCCCGUCGGCAACGGCCUCACCCGGCGUAAGCAGUAUUACGGCUUCUUCUGGCCCCAAUUCCAACCAACCCAUGAUCGGCGGCCCGGUUAGCUCGGGGGCGCCCGGAAGCGUUGUGGCGGCCACCGAAGGACUCUUCACGAUGCACCUCAAAGCGAACGCCGCGAAGCUGGACUCUGCGAAGCUUUUCUCCGCCACGCUCGGCUCCGCGACGAAUGGCUCGGGCGGAACACCCGGCAACGGAACACCGUCGCUGGGUGGCUGUGCGAUCUGUGGCAUUCCGGCCAGCACGCGGUACUACGAGCACCCGACGAAGAAGUACGGCGUCAGCUGUUGCGACGUGUGUCGGAAGUUUAUCUCGAAGAUGGUCAAAAAGUUGGCCGCUUCCGCUGCGGCCACGGCUCCACCGAGUCAGCCACCGAGCGGGAGUGCCGGCACCACAACCGGGGCCACCACCGUAGCACCGCUCGUCGUCGUCGCUAGUCAGCCACCGAUGGUGAGGUGUAAGAGCGAGGGCAAGUGUCUGAUCGGUCCACCGUCCCAGCUCCGCAAUCCGGAAACCGCCAAAACGCGGCACAUCUUCAAGGAACGGUGCCACGCGUGCUGGUUGCGCCGCUGUCUGGGUCACUUUCAGCUACCGACCAUGCUGAAGGUCCGCCUCGGCCAAACCCUCCCUCUGACGAUGCGCACCCUAGACACGCUACCGGGCGCCGGUCUCCGGAAGGAACAUCACGCGCUCGGCCUCGGCGAAGGCAACCUAUUCGCUCCCCCCGGAACGGUCAACGGAGUGGCGGCGGCCGCGUCUUCCUCGUCGUCGCGGAUCCUGUGGAACAGUGUCGAUAAGAAGCUCGGCGUCACGACGUCACCUUCGGCCGCCAACCCGUUCCUGGCGCUUCACUCGAACGCCCUAUCGCAGCACAACGGCACGUUUGGCAGUUUGCCGCAGAUCAAGGUGACACUCGGUACCGGUGACCGGAGCAGCAUCAUGUCAAGCCCGAGCAGCAGCUCCAGCAGCAGCAGCAGCAGCAGCAGUAGUGGCUCCUCGACCGGUGGCAAAAGUCCGCUUUCGGCGGGACGCCUCGAAGAACCGCCGAUCGUUGAGCGCAAGGGCGCAACGAAAGUGGAAGAAUCGGUGGCCACCGUGGCGACGAAGGAGGAACCCGAAAGUGGUUCGCUGAAGACACCCCGCACGAGAAGCAAAUCGGAAGCCGGAACCGCCACCAUCAACAGUGCUGGACCACCAGUGGCUGCUACCGUGGGUCCUCCGUCACUUCCGGUGGCGGUUACACCAACGACCAACGGUGCUGAAACCGGCACCGUGCCUGUGGCUGGUGCGCCACCGACCCUAGACAAACGGCAACGGAUCGAUCUGAAGGGACCCCGGGUGAAGCACGUCUGUCGCAGUGCCUCGAUCGUGCUCGGCCAACCGCUCGCCACGUUCCCCGAGGACGGCAGCACAUCCCCAGCACCACCGGCCGACUGUUCACCGAGCGGUGGCGCUCUCGAAAACAUCGAAACCCCACCAAGCGACAGUGCGGCCGAACCGGCCGAAGAUCUGCCGCUGAUGGAUCGUGAAAGACGCGGCGCGGCGAAAACGAUCACCGCCGCCACCGCUAAGGAGGAACCGUGUGACGAUUGCAUCAAUCCACCACCGAUGGCCCUCUCACCCCCCGCUACCCCCGAUGAGGAUCUAGCGGGCGAAGCGGUGGUCGCGGUCCCGGCCCCAAAGGACCUUUCGUUCGAUCCGGACACGAGCGGAUCGACGGAGAAGGAGCUCGUGAUCGACGAAGAUCAGCUACCGGAGGCUGACGAGGACGUGGACGAAGCCGCAGCAGAGCGCGCGACGAAGCCAACGGUUCCGACGGCAGCGGCAAAGAAAUGUGAAGAACUCCUGCUGCUGCCCGCCGAAAGGCCAACGACACGGAAGGUGGCCUCCUCGUUCCGACCGCAAGCCAGCUCGAAACCCACCAGCAAACAGUGGCCCCCUUCGUCACAGGGCUCCUCUUCGGCACUGGCCACCCUCGGGGGCAAUGUGCGGGGUGCGGACAUCAACGGGCCGCCUUCCAUUUCGAUCGAUUUCUGGGAAAACUAUGACCCGGCCGAAGUUAGUCGGACCGGGUUCGGGUUGAUCCUCUCGGAGGCGGUUCCAGUGCGGGCCCUUUGCUUCCUGUGCGGUAGCGCCGGACUCGAGGACAUGCUGUUCUGUGUGUGCUGCUGCGAGCCGUACCAUCAGUACUGUGUGCGGGACGAGUAUAAUCUGCGUGCCGGCAACGGAGGCGCCCUGGAUGAUACGGCCAACGUCAGUCUGCUCGAUGUGACCGUCGGAGCAUCGCCGGAGGAGCAACAGCAGCAGCUACUGGUCGGACGCUUUAACUGGAUGUGUCCCCGGUGCACGGUGUGUUACAGCUGUAACAUGGCCACCGGACUGAAGGUGAAGUGUCAGAAGUGCGCCAAACACUACCACACCACCUGCCUGGGGACGAGCAAGCGGCUGCACGGUGCCGACCGGCCACUGAUCUGUGCCGCGUGUCUCCGCUGCAAAAGCUGCUCGACGACGAGCGUCACGAAGUUCAUCGGCAACCUGCCGAUGUGUACGCCCUGCUUUCGGUUGCGCCAGCGCGGCAACUACUGUCCGCUGUGCCAGAAGUGCUACGAGGACAACGAUUUCGAUCUGAAGAUGAUGGAAUGCGGUGAGUGCCGCCGGUGGGUACAUGCCCGCUGCGAGGGACUGACCGACGAGCAGUACAACAUGCUUGCGGUGUUGCCCGAGAGCAUCGAGUUUGUGUGCAAAAAGUGUGCCAAACGGCACGAAGCGACGGCACACCUGUGGCGCGAUGCGGUCGCAGCCGAGUUCCGGGCCGGGUUGCUGAGCGUGGUGAAGCUGCUGAGUAAGAGUCGCCAGGCGUGCGCCCUGCUGAAGCUGAGCCCCCGGAAAACGUCCCCGUACUGUACGUGCGGUGCCAACGGUGGGUUGCCACUCAUCAGCGGUGGCCGGAACAUAUCGGCGUUCUUCGCCGAGGCGAGUGGCGCUAAGAAAGCGAAACUAAGCGAAGUGCCCGAAGACUCGAUCUACGAUUUCAGCAGCGAAAACAGUUGCGGCAGCAGUAGCGGUAGUGGCACAGGCGGGUACGCCGUAGUUCCGGGUUCCGGGGCCCCUUCGAAGUGCUGCUGUCAGGUGCGGGCAACCGCCAAAGCGUCGCGCGACGUCAGUCUGGUGGACAUCAAGCAGAAGAUCAACGCGAACGAGUACUUCUCGCUGCAAGACUUCCACUACGACAUGAACGGGCUGCUCGGGACGGUCGGCUCGGAGGAGCUGUCGGUCGCGUACCGAGAGUUCCUGAGCGAGGCGUUCCCGUGGUUCCAGAACGACACCAAAGCGUGCACGGACGCCCUCGAGGAAGCGAUGUGUGGCGAAGCGGAGACGGCAGCGGCCGGCAUCGAGCACCACCACCUUCAGCAGCAGCAUCAUCAGCGAUAUCAGCCGGUCUCCGGGUCGGGGUGCGCCGGUACAUCCCUGGCAGCAUCCGGUGCGGGUGCCGGUCACCCGUUGGCGGCGAUCGGUGGCACCAACGGCGCCGCUGGUUCACUCGACCAGCAGGUCCCGCAGAUCGACAUCCCGCUCGACGAGCUGACGGAUUACUUCCACGACACGGAGGAGGAACCGUUCGAUACGCGCAUCUGCAUGCUGUGCAAGCAGCAGGGCGAGGGGAUGCCACUGCACGAGUCGCGACUCCUGUUCGCCGGCCAAGCCAACUGGGUGCACACGAACUGUGCCCUCUGGUCGGCGGAGGUGUUCGAGGAGAUCGACGGAUCGCUCCAGAACGUCCAUUCGGCGGCGUCGCGUGGCCGACUGAUCAAAUGUUGCCACUGUGGCGUGAAGGGAGCCACCGUAGGGUGUAACGUGAGGUCGUGCGGCGAACACUACCACUUCCCGUGUGCCCGCCGUAUCGGGUGUGUGUUUAUGCUCGACAAGACUCUGUACUGUCCGGCGCACGAAGCCGAAGCGAAGCGGAAACGGUGCCCGGAGGAGCGCAACUUCGAGAUCGCGCGGUCGGUGUACGUGGAGCUGGACCGGCGGAAGAAGCGGUUCGCGGAGCCGGGCCGGGUCCAGUUUAUGAUCGGGGCGCUGAACGUACGGCGGCUUGGGCACGUGGUGCCGAUGUUUAGCGACCACGAGGACUGCCUGGUGCCAACGGACUUUGAGUGCAGCCGGCUGUACUGGUCGGCGAAGGAACCGUGGAAGAUCGUGUCGUACCGGAUCCGGACGAGCAUCCAGAUCGGAGGCGGUGGCGGCGGCGGCAGCGGUUACGGUCACGACGGCGGGCUGCUGGACCACGGGAAGAACUUCACGGUCGACCACUCGUCCGGCAGUGCGGCCGUCCAGUGGGGCCUGACCCAGAUCUCCCGCUGGCACACCAGCCUCCUGCAGCACACCGGUGAAGAGCUCGAUGAGGACACGCAACUCCACGCCGCCACCGAUCACGUCGAGCACUUCCAGCAGCACCAGCAGCAGCAGCAGCAGGCGCACCGGAACGGGGUUUGCAGCGUCGGAGACGACACGAACGAUGAGGAACCGCAGAACACGAACGAUCUGCUGCCACCCGAGAUCAAGGACGUCAUCUUCGAGGACCUGCCGCACGACAUCCUCGACGGCAUCUCGAUGCUCGACAUCCUGCCGAAGCUGAUGACGUACGAGGAUCUGCUCGCGAUGGACCUGAAAACCGACGCCCCGUUCAGUGUCGAUCUGCUGAAGGAAGUGUCCGGGUCCGGAUCGAGCGGGACGGGAGCAUCAUCGUCGAGGGGCCCAUCUGCGAGGGCCAUCGAGGGCGGUAUGGAGGUGGACGAGAGCGAUCUGCAGGGCACCGAGCUGAGCAACGACAGCUGGACGAAGGCAACGGCCACGAUCAUCGGCCACGGAGUGGAGGAUGCGCUGCUGUCCGCGGUCGUUAAACCGAGCGCCAGCCAUCGCGAUCUGAAGCGCAGCAAAAGUGAUCUUCUGGCUCGAUGCACCACCCCGGUGGUGUUGAUCGGUCAGCAGCAGCAGCAGCAGCAGGAGCGUGGUCAGCGAUCGGGUAGCUUCUCGUGGAGCACGAAGCAACUGGAACCGGCGGCCACUGCCGCCGUCGUGGCGAAGCGUCGCAAGCUCACCAAAAACAAUCUCAAACUGUCCGACGUUCUGUCGCUCGGUCGGUUCGGCAAGGAGGACACGGUGACCGCGACGAUGACGACCGCAACGACGACGACGACGCUGCAGGAGCGUCGCAAAUCGCUGCAAGCGGACGAGUUCCCGUGGGGCGGUGGCGUCGCCGGGAAGCUAAAGAUCUCGCAGCUGGACGGUGUGGACGAUAUCUGCCUGGACGGGGUCGGUGGCGGAGCACCGGGCGAGAUGAAGAUCUACUCGUCGCGGUCGAUGAUCGAAGCGCCGGUCAAGUGCGAUCGCUGUCAGGCGACGUACCGCAACCAGGAGUCGUACCAGCGGCACCUCAGCUCGUGCGAGGUGCUCUCGACGAGUGAAUCCGAAUCGGAAACCCGGUCCCCUCGGUUGCUGAGUCCGGAACAGCAGCAGCAGCAACAGAUCAUCACAACCAAUCAUCACAAUCAUCAGCUCGCCAACGGCGGCGGAGGGGCAUUCAUCUUGCCACCGCAGCAGCAACAGACGACGCAACACACAUCACAGCCGCAAACCAUCACAACGGACAUCUACGGCAAUACGACCGGAUUCCUGACCGCAGCACCACAGCACCAGCAGCAGACGGCGAACGCGGGGCCGACCAUUUCCGUGCUGCAGGCGGGUCAAACGAUCAACCUGAACGGCGGCCAGGCGAUCCUUUCGAGCCUUCCGACAACGUCGCUCCCGAUCACGAUCAAUCAGCUGUCCGGUAUUCCGAUCCAAACGUCGGCCACUGUUGGCCACGGUCAGCAGCAGAUUCCGCUGCAAGGUUUGCAGAACCUCGCCGCUGGCAAUAUGAUCAUUUCGUCGCCGGCCGGCGGUCAGGGGCAGCUCUUCACCAGUCCGUUCCCGAGUGCGACCUUUCAACCGCAGCAGCAGCAGCAGCAGCAUCAGCAACAGCACCAGUCGCUGCAGGACAAUGGCGGUGGCGGCGGAUCUCACCACGGGUUUACGGUGCAACAGAACAAGCAGCGCUUCAUACAACCCGCACCGUCGGCGUCCCCGAUCGGCACGCUGCAGCAGAACGGUCAGCUGGUCGGUGGCCACGGGUUCACCGCCCAUCACCACCACCAGCAGCAGCCGCAUCAAAUCAUCUCGUUCGGUCCCAACGGUCAGCUGAUGACGAUCUCUGCCGCACCCCAACCCCAACAACACCACGCGGCUCAGCAACCCAACCUGACGCAACUAUCGUCCUCCUCGGGCAAAAAGCACGUCAUCUAUCCGACGGCCUCGCCACAGAAGAAGGUCCAUGGGCCACCCCACCUGGGGGCGUCGAAACUCUCCUCCUCCCCGCAGUCGCAGACGAUCAAAUCGAAACGAUCGCAACUCGGUUGCCUCACCGGUGGAGCCACGAAAACGAUGCAGAUCAAAACGAAGCAACACGAUCAGCAGCAGCAGCAACAACAGCCGAUCACGCUGCACUCCUCGGGGAUGGGAGCGCCAACGGGGCCACCGCCGGGCCAGCUAAUCACGGCACAGCAAGCGCCGCAACCGCAACAGAUACAGCUGAUCAACACCGGACCGUACCCGUUGAUCCGCCAAGCGUCGGCACCGUCGGCACCGGGGACCGGGAACAUCAUCUUCCAGCAGACGACCGCCGGCCAACCGAUCCUGGUGCAGCAGGUCGGAGGUGGCAACCAGAUCUCGUACCUUUCGGACCAAGGCACGCUCACGUCAUCACCGGUCCAAUACCAGCUGGCCCCGGCCAACGUACUCACGGCGCCGAAUGGGUUCGCGAUGGCGGGAACGGACGGAGCGCUGGCCACCACCAACCAGAUCCUGAUCCCGAACGGGACCGGCGGUUACUCGCUCAUCCCGGCCAGUGCCCUGCAGAUCACCCAACCGCAGGUGAUCGGUACGAUCGUGCAACCGCAGACGGCGGCCACCAUCCAGUGCGGAAUGAUGGCAACCGAGCAGAUGAUGCUCGGUGCGGCGACGGCCGCUGCGGCCGCUCCACCGCUCGAGAUGAUGGUUACCGAUCCGGCGUCGGGUUGCAUGUACCUCACGAGCCCGUCGAUGUAUUACGGCCUCGAAACGAUCGUCCAGAACACGGUCAUGUCGUCGCAGCAGUUCGUGUCGACCGCCAUGCAGGGCGUCCUGAGCCAGAACUCGAGCUUUUCGGCCACCACCACACACCAGGUGUUUGCGGCCAGCAAGCUGGAGCCGAUCGUCGAAAUGCCGACCGCCACCGGGUACGUGGUGCUCAACCAGGACCCGGCCACCGGCACGCAGCAAGUGAUCGCUGCCGCCACCUCGCAGCCGGUGCAAAUUCAAACGUCCGUCGCGACGUCCGCCGCGGGCGGUGGCACGAUCUUCCAGCAGGCGCCGACCAGUCACCCGGUCACGGUGACGGUCUCCGGGUCGACCGGAUCACCACUUCCGUCGACCCUUCAGCACCAGCAGCAGCAGCAGCAGCACGUGUGGAAGAUUGAACCAUCAUCGCACGGAUCGGUCGUAUCGCAGGGGAUCCCGACCAGCAGCGGCACCAUCACCCCGAUCACGAGCAGUGCGAUCGUGACGCCGCUCAAGGCGACGAUGAAAACGAUCAUCCCGAAAGCGCAGCCCCAGCUCGUCAACAAGGUGAUGCCCAACACGGCCAUGAAAGCGCUGACCACGACCUCGUCGUCGGAACAGCUGAUGGGCAUGGCCGGCAUCGUCAGCUCCAAGUCUGGCGGUGGCUUCCAGUCGUCGAUCGUCGCCUCCUCAUCCUCGUCCGUUUACACGACGGCCAGCGCCCUGACGACCGCCACGAAGGUGGUGUCCAACAUCAUCAAGCCGAUCACGACGAAGACCACCAACUACGGCAAGCCGAAGAUCGUGGCCAAACCGGUCAAACAGAAGGGGGCGUCGGUGGCGGCGGCGGGGUCGACGAUCCAGGCGUACCAAAUGCAGCAGCAGCAGCAACCCACCCCCCAGACGGCGCAGUUCCUGCCGAACAGCAUCAGUGUGGUGCCGACCAGCACCGGCACUGGUCCGAAUCAGCCCCAUCUGGUGCCGAUCAAACCGAGCAUCACCGCGAGCCAGCUGAUCGCGAAGCAACCGAUCGUGGUGGAAAAGAUCGCACCACCACCACCGCAGCCGGCCGCCACGAUGGGCAACGGACCGCUCUCCGGGCAGAUGGUGCUCCUGCAACCGAGCAACAAUGGCAACGUGAUGAAGGGACUGAAGACGCUGAAGAAGCAGGAAGCGAAGCUUCCGAAGGGCAUGACGCUGACGCCGUCUUCCGUUCCACAUGUGCAAAUGAUCAGUUUCGCCAAUCACUCGACGGCGCAGCAGCAACCGAUUGUCGUUCAACAACCCUUCCAGCUUAGCUCCAGUGUCCAACAGCAGCUGCAGCAGCAAAAGCAGCAACAGCAACAGCUGAACCAGCAGCUGUCCAAUGGAAAGUCACACAUUUCGUUGAUCGAAACGAAGAAGAAAGCGGGAACGGCGGCCCCGAACCAGAUCACGAUGUCCCUGACGGCCCCGUCACCCGUGGCGGCGGCGACGGCGACUCCCAUCAUCCCGAUGGCGGCAUCCUCCAUCACGAUCACGCCCUCGUCGCAACCGGCGGCCAGUAUUACGCUCCCGACCGCACCGUACCCGAUGCCGCUCUACUCCAACAUUCCAACCAACGUCGUCAAUCCGAUCCAGCAGCAUCCGAUCCAGACGAACGCAUCGUCCGGCAGCGGACCCAACAACAACAGUAACACGAGGCCGACGAACCGCGUCCUCCCGAUGCAGGCCUCGGUGAUGCUGCAAAAGUCCCCGGAGGUACCACAGACACCGACACCGCCACCGCCGCCCCUCAAGAUGCUCAACCAGCAGCAGGAGAAGCUCCGGGACGAACUGACGAUCAUUCCGGCGCCAACCGCGCCAACGCCACCGUUUGCGGAUCUCGUCAACUCACCACCACCACCGGACCAGCGGAUGCUCAAGUUCCGGGACGUCGCCGCGGCCGGGACGAAGGCAAACCACCGGCUAGAGAUUGAGAUCAAACCGAUCGACGUGAACCCACCGCUGCUGCUGUCGUCGGUGCCGCCGACGGCAACGACCACCACGACCACCACGAUCUCGCCCGUCAACGGGACGCUGGCGGAGCAGCAGCACCGCCUGCAGCAGCAACUGCAAGCGACGACUCCCAGUUUCCACUUCAGUCUUAGCUUCGAUGGCAACGGAACCCUCAUUCCGAUCGGUGGCGGUCUUCUCGAGCAACCGCCCGACUCGCAACCGAUGGCUCAGAUCGAAAUCAAACCCAUCCUUACGGAUGACCACCCGGCCGGUGGAGGUGUGGUGUCGUACAUGACGGUGGAACCGGCGGCACCCUCGGCGCAUCUGCGCCAUCUGACGCUCGGUGACGAUCUCGAGCGGAUCGACGAGCUGAAGCACUCGCUGGAAGCGGAAACACAGGAGAUGCUGGCCGAUGUGUGCCACGAAGCGGCGGCCCCGCCAGUCGACGGGGCCAGUGGGGCCAGCAGUGGUGUCGGGUCACCGAGUCUGAUCGACGAGUCGACGGAUGCGCACGGAAUCAAGGAUAAAAUCUCCGAAAUCCUGGACAAUCUCGAGCAGCAAACGAAUCAGGAGGCGGCCGAAAUGGCGGCCGCCCAGCACCGGACGCUGCAGACGGUUGUGGCCGAGUGUGCCGCCGCCCACCCGCUGCUCGGUGUCGACGAUGGUACGAAGGCGGACGCGGAAACGGAGCGGCUGGUGGCGGAACUGAACGAAGAGUUCCGUUCGGCCGCUACCUCGCCCUCGAUCGCAACCACGGCGUCCACCGUGCCGAUGGGCGGCGGCGGUGACCCCCCAGGGGUGCCCCCGGCACCGCAAGAGGUCAGUGCGGCGCUGCUGUCGCUGUCCUCGUCCCUGUUUGCGGAGGUCGCGAAGAAUCCGUCGGCCACCGUGUCGAUGUCGGUGGCCGAUCUCGGUAUCGCCGGCAGUGGGCUGCUGAGCGCGGAGGGUGGUGAUGACGCGGACGCGGACGCGAGUGUGCUGUUUGGCAGGAUCCGUCAACCGGAACCAUCGCCACUGUCGCAACCAUCGCCAACGCAGCCAACGCAGCACCACCAUCUUCACCCGCAGCACCACCAUCAGCACCUCCAGCACCUGGAGGACGAGUUCCAGUGCAGCUUCGGUGCACCGCCGCAGUCGGCAACAGGGGGGCAGUUCUCGAGACCACCGGUUGUGGCCGCCCCUCAGCAGCCCCAGUCGAACAGCCCGAAGUUGCUGUACGAAAUCCAGUCGCAGGACGGGUUCACGUACAAAUCCACGUCGAUCGCGGAGAUCUGGGACAAGCUGUUCGAGGCGGUACAGAUCGCACGCCGCGCGCACGGUCUGACGGCGCUCCCCGAGGGCCAGCUGAAGGAGAUGGCGGGCGUGCAGAUGCUCGGCCUCAAGACGAACGCCAUCCGUUACCUGCUGGAGCAGCUGCCCGGAGUGGAAAAGUGCACCCAAUACCAGCCGCUCUACCACAAGAGGCAGCCGGUAGGUGGCGUGACCGGUGGCAGCGGCGGCGGGCUGACCAAUGGCAGUGCGCUGGCCAACGGAUUGGGUGCCUCCGGGUUGGUGCCUCCGGGUGGGUUGAUGUCCUGCUCACCGUACGCGGACUACUUUGACGAUCUGAAGGAGAACGCGUACGGAACGGCCCGCUGUGAGCCGUACGGUGGCCGGUCCGAGUACGACAUGUUCAGCUGGUUGGCGUCGCGCCACCGCAAGCAACCGAUGCCCAUCGUGGCGCAAACGAUCGACGAUACGAUCAUUCCCAGACGCGGCAGCGGAAGCAACCUCCCGAUGGCGAUGCGCUACCGGACGCUGAAGGAGUCGUCCAAGGAAUCGGUCGGCGUGUACCGGUCGCACAUCCACGGCCGUGGCUUGUUCUGCAAUCGCGACAUCGAAGCCGGCGAAAUGGUCAUCGAGUACGCCGGCGAGCUGAUACGGUCCACGCUGACCGACAAACGGGAACGGUACUACGACGGGCGUGGCAUCGGGUGUUACAUGUUCAAGAUUGAUGAAAACUUUGUCGUCGACGCGACGAUGCGCGGGAACGCAGCUCGCUUCAUCAACCACUCCUGUGAGCCCAACUGCUACUCGAAGGUCGUCGACAUACUGGGCCACAAGCACAUCAUCAUCUUUGCCCUGCGCCGGAUCGUUCAGGGCGAGGAGCUGACCUACGACUACAAGUUCCCGUUCGAGGAGGUGAAAAUUCCGUGCUCGUGCGGCUCGAAGAAGUGCCGCAAGUAUCUCAACUAA